UAAUACUGUGAUUAAAUGUAGGAGGAACCAACUACUACAUCUUGUUUUUACGGAGAGCAUUGAAUUCUUCUUUAAUGGUAUUAUGUUGAUGGGGAUAUUUCAUUAUCUCGGAGAAGAAAGUGGGUUAUGUUGUGUUAAAUUGAAAAGACGAGUGGUGGUAACAUUUAGGUUGAAGAGGGAUUUAGGUUUGUGUCCGUUGUUUAGGGCUUUUGUGACCAUACGUGAAGAAGAUAAUGGUGGGAAAGAUGGUUUAGUGUUUAAGGUACAUUCUAAUGGAGUAGAAAAAGAGGAAGAAGAAGAGGAACCACAAGACAUACAUGGAGAAGAGGUCGAAGAAAUGGUGUCCUUAUAUGAAUGGGAUGGUCGGUGA